CAGAUCCACAGACAAGGAGGGAGGAAGACACUCCUAGGAAUCAUUGUAGACAGACAAAGACAUGCCUGAGCCCCAGAACCCAGAAGCCCAGGGCGAUAAGGCAGCAGCAGCCCCUGCUGACAAAAAGGAGGAUCCAGAAGAAGAGGAGGAGUUGCCUCCUGAUGAACAUGUGCCUGGGGAGGAUUCUCAGAUGUCGGAGCUCGGUGGCCUGUUCGUGCUGAAGCCAGAAAGUGUCACAGCAACAAAAGGCAAGGACAUCACGUUUGUGGCUAAAGUCGACUCCUCAAGUCUGACAAGGAAGCCGGCUAUGAAAUGGCUGAAGGGGAAAUGGUUGGAUCUGGCGAGCAAAGCAGGGAAACACAUGCAGUUUAAAGAAACCUAUGACAGAAACACCAAGAUCUACACUUACGAGAUGAGCAUCAUUAAAGUGGUGGAUGGAGACGCAGGUGGCUACCGCUGCGAGGUCACCUCCAAAGACAAGUGCGACAGCUGCACAUUCGAUAUCUCCGUGCAGGCUGUACAAGAGGAGCAGCAGGCCAACAUCUUGGAGGCGUUUAAGCGAUCGGGGGAUGCAGGUGAGGAUGCUGGUGACCUCGACUUCAGUGCUCUGCUCAAGAAGAGGGAAAAGAAACAGGAAAUCCCUAAAGAAGAAGUAGAUGUCUGGGAAAUCCUGAAGGCAGCCAAACCCUGUGACUAUGAGAAGAUUGCUUUUCAGUAUGGUAUCACAGACCUGAGAGGCAUGCUGAAGAGGCUGAAGAUGAUGAAGAAGACGGAGCCAGAGAAGACUGAUGCUUUCCUAAGGAAGCUGGAUGACGCCUAUUCAGUGGAAAAAGGCAAGAAGAUCACCCUUACUGUGGAAGUUGCUGACCCAGAUGUUCAGGUCAAGUGGCUGAAAAACGGACAGGAAAUUAAACCAUCCGCCAAGUAUGUGUUUGAAAGCGUGGGCAACAAGCGGUCACUCACUAUCAACAAGUGCAACCUGUCGGAUGACGCAGCAUAUGAGUGCGUGGUUGGGGAGGAGAAGUGCUUCACGGAGGUUUUUGUCAAAGAGCCCCCGGUCACCAUCACCAAGCUGCUGGAUGACGUUCACACUGUGGUGGGUGAGAGGGUUGAUUUUGAGGUGGAAGUGUCAGAGGAGGGAGCGAAUGUCAAAUGGAUGAAGGAUGGAGUUGAGAUUAACAGAGAUACGGCGGGUUCAAAGUACAGGUUCAAAAAGGACGGGAAAAAACACAUGUUGAUCAUUAAUGAAGCCACCAAGGAGGAUGUUGGAAUGUACUACGCUUUUACCACGGGUGGAGAGUCCAAGGCAGAGCUGGAGGUUGAAGAAAAGGAGCUGGAGGUUCUGCAGAGCAUAGCUGACCUGACGCUGAAGGCUGCUGAACAGGCUGUAUUCAAGUGUGAAGUGUCUGAUGAAAAAGUGACGGGGAAAUGGUUUAAGGAUGGUGUAGAGGUCCAGGCCAGCGAUCGCAUAAAAAUGACGCACAUUGGAAGGAUUCACAAGUUGACGAUUGAUGACGUGAAGCCUGGGGAUGCUGGAGAUUAUUCUUUUGUUCCUGAUGGCCAUGCAUUGUCUAUCUCAGCAAAACUCAAUUUCUUGGAAAUCAAGAUUGACUAUGUUCCCCGACAAGAUCCUCCUAAAAUCCACCUGGACACGAGCCUCGGCAAUAAGAACACCAUUAUUGUGGUGGCUGGAAACAAAGUUCGCCUUGACGUGGAGAUCACAGGAGAACCGGCCCCCACUGUGUGCUGGAUGAAAGAAGACAAUGUACUGUCUGCGACUGAAGGAAGGGUCCGUGUGGAUAUGAGGAAGACCCUGUGCAGCCUUGUUCUUGAAGGUGCAGAGAGAUCAGAUGAGGGCCCCUACACAAUCACUGUGACCAAUCCUGCUGGAGAGGACAAGGCUGAGCUCUUUGUCAAGAUUGUGGAUGUGCCCGACCCUCCUGAGAAUGUCAAAUGCACAUCAGUUGGCGAGGACAACGCCACAGUCACAUGGGACGCCCCUUCAUUUGACGGCGGAGUUCCUGUUAAAGGCUAUCUGAUGGAGAGGAAGAAGGUUGGCUCGUCCAGAUGGACCAAGCUCAACUUUGAUGUUUAUGAGUCCACCACAUAUGAAGCUAAGAAGAUGAUUGAAGGUGUACUUUAUGAGAUGAGAGUGUUUGCCGUUAACAGCAUUGGCAUCUCUCAGCCCAGUGGAAACUCAAAGCCCUUCAUGCCCAUUGCCCCCACCAGUGAGCCCACUUGUCUCACGGUGGAUGAUGUGACAGACACUACCUGUGCGCUCAAGUGGCGUCCUCCAGAGAAAAUUGGAGCCGGUGGCAUCGAUGGGUACAUCAUUGAGUACUGCAAAGAAGGAAGUGAUCAGUGGGUGCAGGCUAAUCAGCAACCUGUGGAAAAGAACCAGUUCAGGGUGAAGGAGCUCCCUGCAGGGGAGAAGAUGCUGUUCAGAGUUGUGUGCGUCAACAUGGCUGGACGCAGCCCCCCCGCCACGCUCGCACAGGGCGUCACUAUCAGAGAGAUCAUGGAGAAUCCAAAGAUCCGCCUGCCUCGGCAUCUGAGAACCAAACUAAUCAGUCUUGUGGGCGAGAAGGUGAACUUGGUCAUUCCCUUCCAGGGGAAGCCUCGUCCUAUUGUGACCUGGUUUAAAGAUGGUGUUCCCCUGGAUGACAAAACAGUGGGAACUCGUACCAGUGAGGUGGACUCCAUCCUCUUCAUCCGCUCUGCAGAGAGAGCCCACUCUGGAAAGUACACACUUCACGUUCAGAUUGAGAACAUGUCGGACAGCGCUGACAUAGAGAUCCAAAUUGUCGACAUGCCUGGUCCUCCUAUUGCUGUCACAGUCACAGACGUCUGGGGCUUUAACGCUGCGCUGGAGUGGAAGCCGCCCAAAGAUGAUGGAAACUGCGAGAUAAUCGGAUACACCAUUCAGAAGGCUGACAAGAAGACCAAGGAGUGGUUCACGGUCUAUGAACACAACCGCAGGCCCAGCUGCACUGUGUCUGACCUGGUCAUGGGAAACGAGUAUUCCUUUAGAGUAUUUAGCGAAAACAUCUGUGGCCUCAGCAACGAUGCUGGCAUCAGCAAGAACACAGCAGUCAUUAUCAAAACAGGUUUGGCUUACAACCCUGCGCCCUACAAAGAGAAAGACAUGAACUGUUCCCCCAAAUUCACAGCGCCUCUGGUGGACAGGAGUGUGGUGGCGGGUUACGCUGCUGCAAUCAGCUGUGCCGUCCGUGGAUAUCCUAAGCCGAAGAUCAUUUGGAUGAAGAACAAUAUGAUCAUUGGUGAAGACCCCAAAUUCCUGAUGCAGAACAACCAGGGAGUGUUGACCCUUAACAUCCGGAAGCCGGGCUUGUUCGAUGGGGGCAGAUACACCUGCAGGGCUAUCAAUGAUCUGGGGCAGGAUGAGGUGGAGUGCAAGCUGGAGGUUCGAGUUGUACAAGAGAAAGCAGAGAAGAAAUGAGUGACAGCGUGAAAACAGCAGAGGAUACUGUUCAACAGGAAUAGUAAUGGAUUAUGUAUAACGGAAUAGUCAUGAAUAAAUAUGAUUAGAAUAGAUCACUGGUGAGGCUCUAAAGCCAGUCCUCCUGCAUGCUUGCCUUUCACCGCUGCUAUGACGAAUGCCACAUAAGUAAUAUGCCAUAAAUUCUCGCAGCUAGCCGCCAACUUGUCAAAUCCUGACUGAGAGAAGCCACAGAAUAGCGUAGUAACACUGCCCCAUUGUGACCACAGCAGAUGGAUCCUUCUUAUCUGUGAAGUGGACCUGUCACUGAACACACUUAUAAAACAGCCUUUCAUUCA